AUGGACACUUUGAGGGUAUCGCCGGAGGUCCCACAGGCCACCGUGAGUCUAUUGCCUCUACAUAUACAAUACAGUGGCCCUGCAAACACCAAAGAAUACUUUUCAGACACCAAAAGUACAGAAAAGGUUGGAAAUGAAGAGCGUGAAAUUGCAUAUUUUCGUGGUUGUAGAUUAGUGGGCCACAAGACGAAUUGGGACGGCAAAUACUGUGGGUAUAUAAUGAACAAGUCAGAGACUAUCGCCCACGCGAAUCCAGCCGACACUGAAGGCAUAGCUAACGGAACGGCCGAGAUAAAAAAUGUGAAAGUUUACAAUCCCAUAGCUAAGUUUGAUCUGAUGACAUUAUAUGGCCACGAUAAUGUGAUUGAGCUGACCAGUCAAUGGCGCAUGGUAUCCGAGUGGUCUGAGAUAAGUGAUGCUAUACAUUCGUAA